UUCCUCCUUUGUAUCUCUCUCAGCUGAGGAGAGAGAGAGAGAGAGAGCGAGAGAGUAGUGCUUCUGCUGUAGGAGGAGGAGACAUCGCCCCAGCUCACACCUGCAAUCUCUUCAGUUUCCUAUCUCUCUUUCUUAACCUUUUUCUUUCUUUCUUACUUUCUAGAGAGAGAGAGAGAAUUAUUAAAAAUUUCGACGGAAAGGCGGAGAAAAAUCAGAAAAGCUGCAAUGGAAAACCCUAAUCUGACGCUCUGAAGUUAGGGCUGGCGGGGUGGAUUAGCUUUCUGGGCUGAAGAAUCAUUCAUGUGACUGUAGCAUCUGGUCUGACUUUUCUUUUUUCUUUUUUCUCAUCUUCGUCUAUGGCGGUCUUCUAGUUUCAAUUUUCGACGAGAAAGGUUUUACAAAGGAAAAAAUGUCUGUGGCCGAGCUGAAAGAGCGCCACGUGGCGGCGAACGAGACGGUCAACUCUCUCCGAGAACGAUUGCAGCAGAGGCGGCUUGCUUUGCUCGAUACUGAUGUUGCAGGAUAUGCGAGGUCUCAGGGGAGAACUGCGGUCCGCUUUGGACCUACGGAUCUGGUAUGCUGUAGAACGUUGCAGGGUCACACGGGGAAGGUGUAUUCAUUAGAUUGGACUCCUGAAAAGAAUCGAAUUGUAAGUGCUUCUCAGGAUGGACGGUUAAUUGUCUGGAAUGCACUAACAAGCCAGAAAACCCAUGCUAUAAAGUUACCUUGUGCGUGGGUCAUGACUUGUGCUUUUUCACCAACUGGUCAGUCCGUUGCAUGUGGUGGUCUUGACAGUGUUUGCUCCAUCUUCAAUCUUAGUUCACCAACGGAUAGAGACGGGAAUCUUCCUGUGGCAAAAAUGCUUAGUGGGCAUAAGGGUUAUGUUUCCUCCUGUCAAUACGUUCCGGAGGAGGAUGCACACUUAAUUACAAGCUCUGGUGAUCAGACGUGUGUCUUGUGGGAUAUUACUACAGGCCUUAGAACUUCAGUUUUUGGGGGUGAAUUUCAAUCUGGACAUACUGCAGAUGUACUGAGUGUCUCCAUUAAUGGAUCCAACCCAAGAAUGUUUGUAUCUGGUUCAUGUGAUGCAACUGCACGAUUAUGGGACACUCGUGUUGCUAGUCGAGCAGUGCGGACAUUUCAUGGUCACGAGGGAGAUGUUAAUUCUGUAAAGUUCUUUCCAGAUGGCAAUAGAUUUGGAACUGGCUCAGAUGAUGGAACGUGCAGGUUAUUUGAUAUAAGAACAGGGCAUCAGCUUCAAGUAUACCACCAGCAGCAUGGUGAUAAUGAUGCCCCACAUGUGACUUCAAUUGCGUUCUCCACAUCAGGAAGACUUCUCUUCGUUGGAUACACAAAUGGUGAUUGCUAUGUAUGGGAUACUUUAUUGGCUGAGGUGGUUUUGAACUUGGGAUCUCUCCAGAACUCACAUGAGGGCAGAAUUAGCUGCUUGGGUUUGUCAGCUGAUGGGAGUGCCUUGUGUACAGGAAGUUGGGAUACAAAUCUAAAGAUAUGGGCGUUUGGAGGGCAUAGAAGGGUACUAUGAACGAUCGGAGAAUAAUAAUUGAGCUUACCUUAGUUGUCUUAAGGCUUGUUUCUUCUCAAAUCCAUGACCAUGGAGUUCUAAUUCUUUAUUUUGGGUUUGAGAAAAUCUAGAUUCUGUAAUGCCUUCUCUGUAAUCCUCAUUUGGAAAAGUGAGAAAUUUUAAUAUUGAAAAGAAUAUAUAUAUUGCUUGAGAACGUACACGCCUGAAAGAAUUGGCUCUCAUUAUGCGCCUCAUUUCUUACACAUGUAUACAUUUCUCUUUUUAUGUCAAGUUUUUCAACUGUAUUUCCCCUUCC